AUGGCCAUCAUUAGCAAAUUCUUCUCUCGCCCUCUCCUCGCUCUCCUCGUCACCCAGUCCAGCGCCCUCUGCUUCUAUCCCGAUGGCACGCCCGCCCCCGGCGACGUCCCCUGCACCGACAGCACCGCCAACUCCGUCUGCUGCGGCACGGGAUACGCAUGCCUCUCCAACGGCAUCUGCCAGGCCACGGGCGACGAGCUCAAGAAGCCCGGCGCGACCGAGUUUGUGCGCGGCAGCUGCACCGACAAGACGUUUCGGAGCUCCUCGUGCCCGUCUUUCUGCGGGACGCCGGGCCAGGACAAUGUCGGCGGCGGAGAGGGCAUGGCCAAGUGUGACAACACGAAGCAGGAUCUGUAUUGGUGUAUCAACGCGGCGAACAUUGCGCUGCAGGAGAAGGAGGAUCCGUGUAGUGAUCAGGAUGCUGUGGUGUUCUUUCCAGGAACGCCUACUGUGCUUACAACCAUCAAUGUUGCUCCAAAGCCUACCAGCACGAGCACGAGCACGAGCACAACCUCAACUCCAACAACCAUGGCGACAUCAACGUCUUCAUCAUCAGCAUCACCCACAAGGACUGGCAGCCCAGACACGGCAACAAGCACGUCAACACCAACCUCACAAGCCGAAACCUCACCGACAACGGAGCAAAAGAAGUCAUCCAACGCGGGCGUCAUAGGCGGCGCAGUAGGCGGCUCCCUAGGCGGUAUUGCCGUCAUCGGCAUUCUUGCAUUCAUUUUUCUGCGCAGACGGAGAGGAGGAAGCUCAAAAGCGACGGUUCACGAGAUGGAUUACACGCCCGUGGAGCCGAAGCCUUCGCCCUCGGUAGUUGUGGAUCCGAUGCAGGCGUAUGGCGGAGGAGUUGUUCACGAGGUGCCUGGGUCCUAUUAUGCGCCUCCGAAGGAGCAGAGACAGGAGCCGCCUAUGGAGUUGCCGGCUUGA